UACCAUGCAUUCCAGUGUAAUGUUGAAGUGGUAGGGGAAGCGAGGCUACCUCUCGUGUCAAACAGUCCGUGUUCUGCGUGUCCGCCCGCAUACCAUUAGAUUUUCAUCGUUUUCAAUGAAAAUACGUGCUCCGUGCGGUCUCGGGAUGCCAGGAAACGUCGCAGCGGACGUUUAAUCGUGUGUCCGGACAGGUGUCAUCGCGCAACGCUACAGAGCGGAUUCCUGGGAACGGUGUCUGCGCCCAUUUUCCAACGACCAUUCCUCCUCGCCCACAUCCGUCGUCGACGAAGAGGAUCCUUCCAACGUGAACGUACUACUACACCCGACGUGUGUGACCAACGGAGCAAGGAGUCCGUUAAUCUGUUAACCGGCCGACAUACCUUUGUUUCUUUUUCAUUUUCUUUCGAGGGGAAAAGCCCGCGAAAUUCGAAUCGAGGACCGAUUUCAAAAUCGUUCGCCCGAACCUCGUUGAAACGUGGAUACCAGAUAAUUUCUAUAUGGAUGUAAAUACCAUGACGUAACAGAAUGUAAAUGUUAUUGGUCGUGACGGAUAAGAAAAGAGGGGGGGUGGGAGAGAUAGACAGAUAGACAGAGAUAGUCGGCUGGACAGAGUUAGCGAGAGAAGCGAAGCAACAGAGGCGAGAUUCGUCCUCCCCGGUUAACAGGUUAAUCGGAUAGAUAAGAAAAUCACCGGAGAGUCGUCCGGCUCUCCCCCUCCGUUCGGAUAUCGGUUUUCGUGGCUGCCGACCGAUACAGUAGAAGAGGAGAUCCACGCGGGAUCACCGGGAUCGGCCAGCCGACGGAUAUGUCCGCUGUCGAGAGCGCCUUGGACGUACUCUCCAGGGCGGCCACGAUGGUCCAAGAGGAAAGACCAAAGGCGACGAAUCUCCACCGGAAGCCGAGCAGCGCGUGGCGCAAGGAGCGCAGGAGAGAUCCCAUCCAGAGCGAGGCCCUCGACAUGUCAGCAGCCAGGGUGCAUCAUCAUCAUCACCGCCACACCAGGCCUAGCGUGAUCGUGCCCACCACGCCGCAGCCUGGAACCACGAUCGAAGACACCGCGGGUACACCUACUCCGUCCCUCACACCCUCUGCAGCGACGGGAGGCCAGAGGACGGGGGUGCGAACCGUGGGGGGAGUGAGCGAUCCUGCAAUAGACGAACACUUUAAACGAUCGUUGGGGUUGGAGGAGUACGCUGCAGUCUUCAAUGCCACCACCACCGACAAGGAAGCUGGCCUCAGCGUGGACGAUCACUUCGCGAAAGCGCUGGGCGAAACCUGGACGAGGCUGCAGGCGAGCAGUCGACGCAAGGACUCCACCUAACUGCCGGACAGUUGGCAGAGUUCUUCAAUGGGAUUCCCCUGUGCGUCGACGUCCUCCCGGAAUGGAAGGAGCGCGACGGUUCCCCGGCUAUCGGUAGCCGAGCCCGAGGCGCCGAGUGUACACUGACUUUUCUCAAACGCGAUCGAACUCGAGCCCCGCUCCUCGGCCCGGAAACGAGACGAGACCGCGUCGUCACGCCUGCCGCAAACGAGACGGAGGUGGUUUCAGUAACUAGUAAACAGUACCGGGAAAUAAUCGCCGAUCAACGUGGACGCGAGAGCACAGAUUCGAUUUCCUCGGGGACAGAUUUCAUCCGAUAUCUCUUAUUUAUUUUAACCUGUUUCCCCGUUCGCGCACGCUCGUCGUCCACGAACGAGCGAGUAGAAUCCGCGGGGAAAUUCACCGACGUAAGGCCGCGUUCUCACGGCUCGCCUUUUCCACGGUGGCCGCGAGGACGCGCGCAACGGGAAAGUACGGGAAGUCGACUUUCCCUGGGCCGGACUUUUUGUACGAAAGAAAUUUCAUAGCGUUGUAUCCGAGCUGUCAUCGCGCGGAGGGUCGACCGCGCCCUUCGCAGCAGAAUUUAGGAAACAUCCUGUACAUAUACGUCUCAGAUUACUCGCGCCACACGGUAUCAUCGCCGGCACGCAUACAUUGUACAUAUAGACACACAGGGACGUAUUCUUUUAUUAUGCCAUCGUCGCGGCGAAUCUCGCAACCCGAACUUAUUUAUUACGAUGUUGUUCCAUACUGCCUCGCUAAAUAGUUGUAGCAGCGGAUCCGUUUACACUCGCGCCGCUUAUCCUAUCCGUCGAUCGGCGGCCUCGAUCGCGAACCGCGAGCGAGAACCGGUAUGAGAACACGGCCGUGGUCUGUUGUGAUACCGGCGCGCGGACGCGGGAGGAGUAUAAACGGCCGGACGGUGUACAUUUAAUAAUUAUAUUCGCAUAAAUGUUGACGUUUAUACGUACACCGCCGUUCGAUAGCUUGGGCCGUCGUCCUUCGGUUGUCAAACGGUUGGCUGUGUGCGACGAGUAUACUCGUCGGUGUAAAAGAUAGUUGCUCCGUUAUUGAACCGAACAUUUCACUCGAAUAUACUCUCGUGAAUUCUCGGAUAUUCCGAGACGGGAACGAAGUGGCGCGAAUAAAAUUGGUACACACGGUACAGAAUUCAGGUGCACGCUUCCGGAAGGCGACACACAGCUAACCGGUUAAAAGACUCGACAGCAAGAAUCUUCCGUCGUCGAGUGACAAGCAAGGAACGAGCUCUUUUUCCAGUGGGAUCAGCCAUAGCGAAUUUCAAAACUCGAGUCAAUCGAGAAACUACCAGGCGGAGGGUGAAGCUAAACUUUCAAACGGCGCGUGUGCAUACAGAUAAAUAGCUGUAGAUAGAAACUAUGUACGUUGUCCAUGUUCAGCUCGAAGCAUUCGCUAAUAUUUUUCUACCGUUUCGUAGGGAAAGGAGACAACCAUUUCACGGAUCCUUUCUCGCGACUGUAACCCAUCUGGACCGUGCAAAUGAGAUUUCUAGACAAAAAUCUGAUUAGUGACUUUUCACCUGAGCAUGGACGGUGCGCAGGAUGCUCCGAAUAAACUGUUACGAGCUGUUUAACCGAUAACACUCGUCGACUUAUUCUCUCCGAUGAAAAUUCUAAAGAACCAUUUGCUCCUCGUAACACUUUAUCCGUAACAUCCUGUGCACUCAACACACACAUACACGCGCGCGCGCGCGUGCGCGUAUACGUAGCAUGUACCGUGCGUACGAUUGUAAUUACACGAAACGGGAAAGAGAGAGCGCGAUAGAAUCGUGGUGUAACCGCGGACACCGUGUGUAUCGUCGCGUAAACGCUUUUGUAACAUGGGGACGAGCCUCGCUCGAACAUUGUGUAACUAAAGAGGAAAAGAAGAGGAUAAACAUAAAGCGACUGGCAACAGUUUUAAUACCGAGAGACGA